UUGAAAUUAGAACUAAAGAAUAAUGUGACUAUACAUUAUAUUCAGUGUACACUGUUACUACUUAGCUCAAACGGUCACAUGCAUAAGCUCUUAACACUUUCUAUAAACGUGAAAACAUUUAAAUCUAAACUACAAAAUUCCUCUCUAUACAUACAUAUAUAUCCUUCCAAUAUUCAUUCAUCAUACUCAACACUUGCCAAAAAAAAAUAAAAAAUGGACAACUACAAAAGAAAUCCACUGAAGCCAUGGAAGAAGGGUCCUGCAAGAGGGAAAGGGGGCCCACAGAACGCGUUAUGCGAAUACCGAGGCGUUCGACAGAGGACAUGGGGAAAAUGGGUAGCAGAAAUCAGAGAGCCUAAAAAGAGAACUAGGCUUUGGUUAGGUUCUUUUGCUACAGCUGAAGAAGCUGCAAUGGCUUAUGAUGAAGCAGCAAGAAGAUUAUAUGGACCAGAUGCUUACCUAAAUUUACCUCACAUGAGAGCUAAUUUCAAUCCAUUGAACAAAUCACAAAAGUUCAAAUGGUUUUCUUCAAACAACAAUAGCUUUCUUUCAUCAUUGAUGCCUAACAGCACUGGCUUGCUUAACUUGAGUGCACAGCCUAGUGUUCAUGUGAUUCACCAAAGACUUCAAGAACUCAAGAGAACUGAGGCCGCGGCCGCAGCAGCAGCAGCAUUGUCUAUGAGUUCAUCAGUAAGCGAUCCCAAGAAUGAUCCAGUGCUACCAAAGUACUCGACGCUUCCACAAGUGAACAAGGAGAAGGAAGAUGUAUUCUCACCACACAACAAGGCAACGGUUCGCGAUGAUCAUGUUGAGAAGCCUCAGAUUGAUCUGAAUGAAUUCCUUCAACAGAUUGGAAUACUAAAAAGAGACGAUCAUCAUCAUCAACAGCAGCAACCUGAUGAAAGUGGCGAUCAUGAUGAUCAUAAUAGCAUUAGUAGUUUCGCAGAGUCAGGAGUUUCACUAAAAGACGAUAGUUCAAUUGCUCAUUUAUUUGGCGAUACAACAAGUUACAAUUGGGAUACAUUAGGUGCAAUGACAGGUAUAGAAGAUCAUGAGGCAGCAACAGCAGAGGCUAGUAGCUUUGUUGAUGCUUAUAAUGUGAAUGAUGAACUUAUGUUUCCAUCUUCAAUAUGGAACUUUUGAUGUGGAUUAAGAGGAUAUUUUCCUAUGCCAACGAUAAUUUUUGGAAGAAUUUAUCUUAUAUACACUGAAUCGUAGAAAGUAUCAUUGAGUAGAUGACAAUUACUUCAUUAUGGUUUAAGAAAGUUUGGAAAAUUUCAAAAUAACUCACAAAUUUUUAAAUUUA